GGCGUAAUGGUGCAAGGUGUGUUCGCAGUGCGGCUGUCAAGCUGCGCUCAUCGACUGGCCUUAAUGGAAGAAGCAGUAUGAUGUUUGGACCAGGAUUUACGAGGCUGCGCACGAUGCUCUUGUCGCUCAAAUGAGAUUGAUGGCUGGGGAUUCAUUCAUCCUGUUUUUUGGCCUGACAUUAGUGAACACGGGCGAUCACUUUCCCGCCGACAAGACCGCUUACGUGAUUAAGGGCAUCACCUCGAAUGUGAACCUCGUCAUCGUGAGAAGCGAUAACGUGGAAACAGAAGCUUGCGACCCGCAACCAUUGAGCGUGUGGCAGCCCGUGCGAGGCUGUCCCAUUAAAACGCCCUCGACGAUUAGCCACAGCAAGCUCAUCCUGAUGAAUUUGACCAGUUUGAAAGGAACCAUCGUGGCCAUGUCGUCGAACAUGGCGCUGAAGGUAUACAACAUCGUUGCUAACAGCAACAUGGGCGCCCAAUACCUGAGUCACAGAAACUCAAGCGAAGACGACGUGAGCGGACGCAUCGCGUGCUCAGCUAAGAUGCUGUGCAUCGCAGAGGUGUGCAACCUCACUGGAUGGGAGGAAAAUGACGCCGUUGAGGAGGAGCCAAAUGGCGCCCGUUACGAGAACCACACGAGCGCACAGAACGGGAUCAUUAUACGUACGUACGAGACUCAAUCGACGAUUUUACACGCGAUCAAGAAUGUCGUAAUGGAUAUGCCGAAGGACACCGAAGCCAUAUUGGGAUGGACUUUGGUUGACAUGAACUUUGAAGACAGUGUCGGUCGGAAGUGCCCACUGUACACCGAGUCGACGGAUGCUUUCGCGAGGACUAAAGCUGUGCGUCGUGAAUUAGGCAAACAACACCGAUACGCCCUGCGAAAGCUGCUAGAACCUUACUGACUAUAGAGAGAUGUUUCAAGCAGGCGAUUGCUUUGCAACGUGUCUUUAAAUAUCAAGUUCCGUAUGUCCAUCUGUUGUCUCCAGCAAACCCUAAGGUGGAAUUAUUGAAACAGUGUGGUUUGAUAGAUAUAAACGUUGAUACACUAUAUUCUGUCUGUUUGACCGCUUGCGCCAGGAAAGUCUGAUUGCAAUUUUUUAAGCAGUGUGAAAAACGAACUAUAUAAUAUCAGGACCAUGUUUAGAGGGGGAGCGCGUCGUCUUCGCUGUGGUUAUUUAUCUUCAAAAAUUUAACCCGUUUUAUUUAUUCACGUCUUAAAUAUGUGCAUGAUCUACCAGACGACAGGUUGCGCAAGAUGACCGCAGCUACAGCGAACAGGCUGUACCCUAAUGAGAAAAUAAAAGAAAUAAUCAGACCUUUUUUUUUUCUUUUUUCUUGGCCAAGGCGUAGUCAUAGGUCUUGCGCUGAGUACAAACAAGUAUGCAUGGAGCAUACUAAUAAACAUUUGUAGCCAAGCUUUUGCAAAUUUUGCAAUAACUUUCCAUAGCUUUGUCGCCGCUCUCUUAGAAAAGGACCCCCCGAAAAUGGAUGAAAAAGUUCGGUGAUACAAGACUCAUCAUCGUCUUCAUGUGCAUGAAUUUAUUUAAACCCUAAGGGCCCGUUUCUGGGUAUCAGGGAAUGAGUAUUAGGGACCAAAGAGCAAAAAUAGAUCGGAACAUGGUUGCAUGCACGUUUACAUCGACUAGAAAUUUAAUAAAACACUUGUAAAUGAAUGAAACGAACGUAAUAUAUGCCAAGAUAUUGAAGAUUGGGUGGUUAGAUGAGCAGACAAUAGCUUCUAGAACUACAGGGAGUCACGUUCGUUAACAAUCGGUUCUUGUAGCCUGUUCCAUACUUCAGUUGCUCUUAAUAGCAAAAAAGAUUUGUUUAAACUAUUCGUCGAACCGUGUAAAUGCUGUACAUGACGUGAGUUGAAAAUCCAGUCUGC